UAAAAAUAAAUCAAACUGGUACAAUCAGGAUCGUAUUCAACAGGUCUUUUUAGGCGUGCUCCUAUGCAAACCAUUAAAUGUGUCGUUGUUGGGGAUGGCGCGGUUGGUAAAACGUGUCUUUUAAUAUCCUAUACGACAAACAAAUUUCCUUCAGAAUAUGUUCCUACUGUAUUUGAUAAUUAUGCGGUUACCGUAAUGAUUGGAGAAGAACCUUAUACUUUAGGACUUUUUGAUACAGCAGGUCAAGAAGAUUAUGACAGAUUGCGUCCCUUAUCAUAUCCACAAACGGAUGUUUUUCUUAUUUGCUUUUCUGUUACUAGUCCAGCAAGUUUUGAAAAUGUAAGAGAAAAGUGGCAUCCAGAGGUUCGUCAUCAUUGUCCAGGAACACCCUGUCUUAUUGUUGGUACACAAAUCGAUUUACGAGAUGAUCCUAUGAUUGUAGAGAAACUCAGUCGACAAAGACAAACCCCCAUUACAAAAGAAUUAGGUGAAAAACUUUCAAAAGAAUUGGGUGCUGUAAAAUAUGUUGAGUGCUCAGCUUUGACUCAAAAAGGAUUAAAAAACGUUUUUGAUGAAGCUAUAGUUUGCGCACUUGAACCACCCGUUACGAAGAAGAAAACUAAAUGUCUUAUUUUAUAAAUUUAAUUUAUUGACAGACUAUUGUAUUUCAUCAAAGCGAUUAGU